CUGCUGGUGCGCGGCCAGCAGCGGAACUUCCGGUGCGAGUGGAACUGGGACAGCGGAGCGUAUCUCUUCCAGUGUAUGUGUGGCAACAACAUGUCUGUGCCGCUGCUCACCGAGGCCGUCACGGUGUCUGGAAUGGAAAAGGAAACCGCUGCGGUGAUCUUCCUUCAUGGACUGGGAGACAGCGGGCAUGGGUGGGCUGACAGUUUGACGGGGAUCCGGCUGCCUCACGUCAAGUUUAUCUGCCCAAACGCGCCCAAAAUCCCAGUCACUCUGAACAUGAAAAUGACGAUGCCCGCAUGGUUUGACCUCAUGGGUCUCAGCCCCGACUCCCCAGAAGACGAAUCUGGAAUCAAGAAGGCAGCGGAGAACAUCAAGGCCAUAAUCGAUCAUGAGGCCAAAAAUGGGAUCCCCCCCCACCGUAUAAUACUCGGCGGCUUCUCUCAGGGUGGAGCCCUGUCCUUGUAUACCGCCUUGACCUGCCAGCAUCAGCUGGCUGGCGUUGUAGCCCUCAGUUGCUGGCUUCCACUUCACAGCAGUUUCCCAUCGGCGUCGAGCGGCAAGAAGAACCUCCCGAUCCUGCAGUGCCACGGUGAGGCGGACAUCAUGAUCCCUAGGCAGUUUGGUUCCAUGACGGCAGAUAAACUCCAAUCCAUAGUUAACCCUCAGCUGAUCACCUUUAAAACCUACCCAGGGCUCGCUCACUGCUCCUGUCCUCAGGAGAUGGAGGCGGUAAAGGAAUUUAUCGAGAAGUAUUUGCCUCGAAUCUGACCUCAGCUCAUCCCCACUGUGACCCCUGAGACACUCACCUCUCACCCCUGAUCUGCCAUUCUCUCACAGGAAACAGCCAUGAGCACCCCCCCCUUCCACAGACACACACACACACACACGCACACACACACACUAACACAUAUGCACAUGUUAUAAUAAUGAUUUGAUCCACAGCGGUACAUGAACCAUGUGCUUGCCGUGCAGUGCAAUCCAAUAAAACUCAUACUGUAAACAAAAAUGUGUUAAACACCCUGAUUGGAUAACAUCAUAACAAAGUGCUUGCACUCAGUAGUCUUAGCCUUUUGGAGGGAGUAACACUGAUUCCCACUCAAUACAUUCCCUUUGGUUUUAUUCAACAACCUCUUGUCUGUCGCUUCCAUCUUAACUUUAGUCAUUCUCCCAUUUUACUUAAUUCCACUUCAUUAAACCCUCUUUCUUCAGCUGUCACAACCUCCAUUGCUACCACUGCUUCGCCUUUCCCAAUAAGAUUUGAGUCCGAUAAGUGAGAUAACAGCUGAUACUGUCUGUGAGCACAUUAAGGUAUAGACAGACCUGCAGGUGGGAACCAGGAGCAAACCCUGCAAGGGUUUUGUAGGUGUGACAUUGACACAAAAUCUUGAAGCAACUUUUUAGAGAGAAGGUGAGAUGGAAGAAAUGCCCAUUAACCGUGCUAUUUCUUAUUAAAUCAAGCGCUUGAAUCUAGUCUGAGAGCAGCUUCACUCCUCAGAGUCUGACUCAGGUGAGUUUUAAACCAUCCAUUCCACCACCUUCCGCCCCAUGACGGUGCUCUGCGGUCUGUCCAGGUUUUCAAUCUUAAUCCCUUAACUACAAACAGCCCUUUUUAUUGAAGCACCAACAUCCCCGGGGGCGUCACGUUACUUUUCUUUAGUGAGUGUGAGUAAAUAUCUUGAAUUAUAUGAAGAAACUAAAAUUGAAAUAAAAAGAAAACUAAUCAAUUGAUGCUUUUGCCACCUUGUGCUGUUUUUUCCAUAUAACUUCCACAGCUGGUGGUAAAUCUCUUCCUGCUUCCAUCCUGGGAUUCUUGUUGAGGUUGUGAAUGACCGACCUGAAUGAGUUGUAUGAAAUAAUGCUUUGCUUUUGGUUGCCGGCGGCACACCAUGAGUGGUUUCACUGUUCCUCCCACCUACAUCUCAUCUUUACACAUCUCUAUCAAUUCAAGCUCUAUUAUUUCAGCAGCGUCCCCCCCCCCCCCCUGCUUCCUCCACAUUUUCUUCCAUGCCACUACAGCAAAGAUAGAAACUAACACAAGAAAAUUCCCUAACCAGCUCCCUCUUUGGCUACUUUUUGUAAACCACUAACAGAACAUUGAAGGUCAGAUUUAAAGUUAACCCACACAAAUACUUCUUAAAAAAAUGUCUAUACUGUUCACUGGGAGGGCUUUAGCAAGAAGCUGUUCCAACGUAACUGAAGGGUGAUUUUACAAAAAAAGUUAAUCUUGAACAACUCAGACAUAGGUGUGUAACUCUGAGGAGUCAUGUGUGCUUCAAAGUUAAUAUAUCAGGUGUUCUGCAUUUUCCUUUGUGGAUGUUAAUUUUGCUCUCCUUGUGAUUACCCGUUCUAUAUUGCUGUUAUUAAACCUGAUUUUUUAAAACAAAAAGAAAAACAGGACGGAAUGCGUCUGUUUUGAUUGUUGUUAAAAAAAUCUAUGAAUAUCCUUCACCUCGUGUCCUCUUUUAUUUCCCCGUCACUAAAUCUCUGAUGCAGCGCUUUGUUCUGUUUGCUUCUCAUCAAUUAAUUUGUUCUCCUCUUAGACUCCAUUUUUAUAUUAUUCCAAAAUCUGGUGUGUGACGGUGUCGGUCUGUCACAUGUGUUUUCUCCUGGGUUGUAUGUUGUCAUUGAUUUAAGUUUACAUGUUUUUCUUUUUGUGUAUUGGAUUAAUGUUGUGUUUUGUGACUGUUGUCAUCUCAUCCUUUUCUUUGUGUCCAUUUAUAAUGAUGACCACCAUUAAGACAACAUGUUUAGGCGAGACUGAUGGUCUCUCCACAUAUUUUGUUUCCUAAACACCUGUAUGCAAAAUAAAUUACAGACAAAAAAGUUGA